UUUCCCCCUUUCCUCUGCACCCCUGGAGAUCGGACGACUCCCUCUCGUAACCCGGGAUGAGAUUGGAAAAAAAGAGGGAAAACUUUUAAGAUCAAAGUCAGCAGCAAGAACAAAGUUUCCCCUUUGGGAGCGUGAGCAGCCGGAAUGGCAGAGUCCGCCGACUCUUUGUUUGAAACUUUGUGAGGCUCGUUCUUUCACUUACGUUUCUCAGACUUUUUCAGCGGGAUGGCAUAGGUUUCCGAAACACGUCUCGGGCAUUAGGAUAAAGCCAGCUCGGAGGUGACUAUUUUAAACAAUUUUCUGUUUUUCAAAAACAUUUCCUCCCUUUUUUUCUAAAAAAAAAUAAAAAAAGCCAAACAUGAUCCCACUUUGAAAUGGGAGAGGAAGGAUGAUAAGUCUGUCUAAACGCUUAAGGGCCGGCUUUAAAACCGAUUUUGAACUUUUUUGAACUCGGCUUUUCUAGUCGCCUGACGGACUGUGGCUACUAAGUUGUCAUUGUUUUCCCCCGAAGCCUCCUGGAAGUUUUAAGAAGUGAAACUUGGCGUCACAAAUAAAAAAAAAACAAAAAGAGACCAAUACCCCCCAAAAGUCAAUUCCUUGACUAAACUCGUUUUCCUCCCAGGUCCGACCCCAAUUCGCAAAACGUGAGGGGGUUUAAAUUCACUUUAUUUUUGGAAACUGUCCAUGGGAAGAAGGGGCUAUUCCAGCUAAGUGAGCGAAGGCGCUUAGUGCGCAGGCGCAUUAACUUCCUCUUGCGGCCGGUCCUGUCCCUUCUGCGUUCUUUUGGAUUGGGAAAACCGUCUGCCUCUCCCAAAUAAUCGCCCUCGUGGACACGUCCUCCACCGACCUAUGCCUGGCCCAUCACCCCAAUCCUCCUCUUUCCCAUCCUGUGUCAUUCCAGUAUCGAGCAGUGAGACAGAGGAUGAUGACAGCAUGGACAUUCCCCUAGACCUCUCCUCCUCCGCUGGCUCCGGGAAGCGGCGAAGACGUGGGAAUCUGCCCAAGGAGUCGGUGCAGAUCCUCCGCGACUGGCUAUACGAGCACAGAUACAACGCCUACCCUUCUGAGCAAGAAAAAGCCUUGCUGUCUCAACAAACCCACCUUUCCACACUACAGGUCUGCAACUGGUUCAUCAACGCCCGCCGCCGCCUUCUCCCCGACAUGCUGAGGAAAGAUGGCAAGGACCCAAAUCAGUUCACCAUUUCCCGCAGAGGGGCCAAGGUUUCCGAGGCGAGCCCCGGAGAAUCCGCCGUGGGCCUCAAGAACUCGGGCCCGACCUCAGACGAGAGCCCCUACCCCUCCUGCGGCGCCGGACCGAACCAGACCCCGGGCGGGCCUCCGUCCCCCAAACCCUCUUCCCCGGGAUCGAUGCUGGCUCGUCCUUCCGUGAUCUGCCACACCACUGUGACUGCCCUGCAAGAGGCGCCUCUCCAUCUCUGCCAGGCCGCCGGGGUGGGACAGAACACAGAUCUGCAGCAGGUGGCUGCCGGCAGCUUCACAGACACCUCACUCGGGUACCCCGAGGACGCCUGCAAAUCGGGACCCAGUGCAAAUGCACAGAGCGGGCUCUUCAACACUCCUCCCCCGACCCCUCCGGAUCUCAACCAGGAUUUUAGCGGAUUUCAGCUGCUCGUGGAUGUUGCACUCAAAAGGGCUGCCGAGAUGGAGCUUCAGGCCAAGCUCAUGGCCUGAUCGAUCCCUUUUUCAGGCCAAAACCAUUCAUGGAAAUUGGGGUUCUUCGUGCCUGGGUGGUAUCUAAAGACUGGCUGCAUUAUUUUAUAUAUUUUUUUUAUUAAUAUUUGCACAAGGGAUUGCUAAAAUGAAGCUUCCUGUUACUGAGAUGUCUUCAAUGGAAUAGUCAUUCCAAGAACUAUAAACCUAAAGCUACUGUAGAAACAAAGAGUGUUGGUUUUUUUUUUAUGUUUCUUGGUAGAUUAUUCAUAAUGUGAGAGGUUCCCAAGAUCAUGUGAUUCUUUGAUUCUCUUUUUUUUCCUCCUAUCUUUGUUGAUGUUUCUUUCAGACUGUGCAAUACUUAGUGAAAGCUAUAGUCUCUUCUCAUUCCCUUGUGGAACAGGAUGCCGACAUGCUGUCUAAAGUAAAUUUUCAAUUUUUUUAAAACAAGUAUGGACCUAGAUAAUUGGUGUUGCCUUUUUUUCCAUGACGUAAUAAAAUAUUUUCUUUAAAAGUAA